AUGAGCGAACCUCAAAGAAAAUGGCCUCCCCCAAACAAUGAUGACGAUUGCCGCUUCGUCAGCCCACAGAGAGGCCCUCCAGCGAAGCAUCAACCCUUUCUUCUGCAAUCGGAACACCCGCCGCUUCCCCAGCAAAGGUUUAGCACCAAUGGUGACACUGACGGUCGUUCUAUAGUGCCUGGUCAGAGUAUUCCAAAAGGAACAACAUUUCUUCGGCCGCCUGUCCUGGCGCAUUUCCGUCACCUGCAGCUGCAGCAGCAAAAACCAGGUCCUCAUCAUGGACAGAGCCACCAGAAGCAGGAUGUAUACCUUCACCCUGCAGUUCAGGGUUGUAGAAGGCGAGGUGUUCCUCAACUGUUGCGUUUUGCAGUGCCAGCGGUAGAGAAUGCAAACGCAGCGACAGCAACAGCAGCAGUACCAUCAAGGUCUGUUAAAUCCUCAAAGGGCUCCAACGCACCAGGAAAAGGGGGAAAAGGAAAGGCAUGUAUUGGAGUAGCGCCAUCAUCAGAGGAGUUUGCUCCAACAGAGGACGCUCUAGGGGAACCACAAACAGUUGAGUCUUACACAGAGGAGCAACAAGAAACGAUGGCUAGUGAAUGCAGAAGCAGAAGCAGCAAGCAAGGCUUCUUAUGUGAGGCCUUAAGGCGAUCUCUUGCCGAUCAGGGAUUAGGGGCCCUCACGCAAGUGCAGCGCCGAGCCUUUCCACAUAUUGUCGCGGGGCGGAGCGCCUUAAUUCGCUCUCCUACGGGUACCGGGAAGACUCUGGCUUAUGUGCUGCCGCUGCUGCAGCGGUUGCACCAGCAGCGGUGGCCCUGUGAAGAGCCAGUUCUUGUCAUCACACCAACCAGGGAGCUUGCCGAACAAGUUGCUGCCCAGUUCUACAGGUUCCGCGGGAAUAUUGACUGUCAUGUCGUUGUGGCCGUGGGCGGCCCUAGAGGGGGACCCCCAUUGGGGCCGGUGCUACUGCAGCAGCGGGGAGCCCACGUGCUUAUAGGCACCCCUGGAAGAGUGCAGGCUCUGGCUGAGGCUGGCCAGCUGCUGCACCUAGAACAGCUGCAAUGCCUGGUGUUGGACGAAGCAGACAAACUAGUGGGGCCUUCGUUUGAGGAACCUAUCAAGGUUCUCCUCUCAAAGCUUAAUUCAAAGAGACAGACCAUCCUCGCUUCUGCCACAAUGCCGAAGUGGCUUUCUAAGCAGAUCCAAGAUGCUUUCGGUGCACAGCAGCAGGAUCAGAAGGAGCAGGAAGAACAGGAACAGCUACAAGAGCAGCAGCAUCAGCAGCAGUCCGCGGAGGCUGUGCUGAUAGACCUAACAGUUUCUUCGGGAUCGCAACUGUCCCCUUCUGUUUCCCAUUUUUCUGCACGUGUGCCUCGUGCUCCUGCUGAGAGAGCUCGGCGUGCAGCAUUAUUACUGAUGCAGCGGUUGCCCCCGGAAGGGCAGUGUAUCAUCUUUUGCUGCAGCCGAGACGAAGUGUCUUUGCUUGCUGCUCAUCCAUUGCUGCAGCAGCAGCAGGCACGGCCCCUUCACGCGGAGAUGCCGCAGCAACUAAGGAGACAUACAGUCUCUCAGUUUAGAGCAAAGCAAUUUUCUGUCCUCAUUGCCUCUGACUUGGCUGCAAGGGGCCUUGACUUUCCUGGGGUUAGACUGGUACUCCAGUGGGGACCACCCCUCUCCCCUGAGGUUUACAUACACCGUGUGGGUCGUACAGGCCGAGGAGGAGAGCAAGGGGACGCCGUCGUACUGUAUGACGAGGCGCAGAGGAGGCAACUGAGGCGAUUGGAGAGGCAGCUGAAAAUAUCAUUCACACCCACAAAGACGCCGUCGGAGGAAGAAGUCAGAAAACAACUUUUAGACCGGUUAGAAGCGGACAUCGUGUCUUUUCCUUUCGCAUCUGAUUUGGGGCCCUUGUUGCAGUACGCUUCAGUUCAGUCAGAACAGUGGGGCCCCCGGCUGCUAGCCGCUGGUCUGGCGCUGCUCUUGCAGAGACAGCAGCGCAUCUCUUGGAUUUCAUGUCUAUCUGGGAGGCAAAACUACGUAGCCAUCCUAUUCUAUGACCCCAUGGGCAAGGUAUUAAAAACCCGGAGUGACCUUCUGCAGCUCCUCAGGGAAGUCCUUUCGCAGCAACAGUUGGCUCUUCUGGGGCGCAUAGCACUCUGCAGCGAAGGAUUUGUUGUAGAUGUACCACCAUCGGUUGCUGCUUACCUCAAGAAGGCCCCGCGAAUCAAGCAAGCAGGCCUCAAGCUGAGCUUUCUCUCUUCUCUUCCCCCAGUACUGCAGCAGCAGCAUGUCACUAGAGAGGAGCUGGAAAGACGCAGGAGCCUUCAGCGCCGCACGGGGACAAACCCACCCCUUGGGGCCUCUGCUAAAGCUCGCAGGCGGAUCGCCAGGCGACUGGCGAGGCAAAGGGAAGCCACGAUUGUUAGGCAAACACUCAGGCAGCGACUGCAGCAUAAGGGCAGACAGUCUAGGGAGUUGAAUGCUGCAACAGCCACCAAAAGCGAUACAGGCAUCAGGAACGUGCCUUCGUAG